UUUGUUGUAAUACCGAGCAGAGACAUGGAUGUAUUGAAUGAUACAUGCUCUGAUUAUGGUCCGAUCUGGGUAUCCACUCACAGGUGUACUUGGACAUGAACCGAUCACGGACAGAGCUCGAAUGGAAAGGACAAAGUCGCAUGCGAUUGUGUCAAGACGGCACACGGUGAAAGAACCGUCGCUGCCCUGGAAUUUCACAGAUCGGCACUGCAUUUGCACAAGAAGGGAGGAGGAAGGAGAGACUGUUUGACUCUAUCAGGCAGCAUUUCUGGCGCUGUUGUCCACUCGCGGGGCAGCGAGUGCACGACCGAUGGACAACCAAAGGAAGAUUAAAGCAAGGUAAUAUGGGUACAGAAGCAAUGGAGGGGGGGCAGUGGGGCCCAGGUAGAAAGCGAGCGUGUGUCGCUGGAACGAAGAAAAGAACUGAUAAGGUGGUGUUUGAGGCUAUGGAAUCAAGUGGGAGAAGCUGGGACACGAACGAUGGGAAUUGCGGCAGGAAAUGUCGCUCAUCGCUUGCCAAGACCGAUGACGCCGGCCGAGGUACCGACCCACUUGAGCACAUGGGUAUGCACAGCAGAUUUUGUUUCGUCGGCCUUUCCCAGGACCGAGUGGACGACACCCGUCGAGGCAGUCUCGACGUACUCGCGCCAAUGCUGGGCAGUCUCGACGGUCUUGGUGGUGGUGUCGGAGACCUUUCCAACACCCCAGUUGUAGACCUGGACGGUGCUGUCCUUUGCAUCCAGCAGGGUUCGAACGCCCCACUUGAGAGUGGAAUAGACAGGCUUGGGCAGGGUCAGCUCCAGGGUCUUGUCGGUGCCGCCGAUGGGAUCGGCAACGAUGAGCUGGUACGAAUCCUGGGCGCGUUCGACGACCUUGGGCGGGAGUUUGGCCUUGAUGUGCUCGGCAGACUGGAGCGAGAUGUUCUUGAUGCCGUCGACGGUGGACUCGACGGUCGACCGGACAGCGGUCACGGCGCGGUGCUUGAUGGUGUCGACAGUGUGGGAAGAAGCUUCGUGGAUGUGGUAGAGGGUUGCGAAGGUGGUGCCAGCGGCCAGGUAAGUGACGGCCAGAGUGGUGCCGAUGGCGGUGCCGGCCACAAAGGCGGCACCUUCGGCCAGCUCGUUGGCGCUGUCGAGCAGCGAGAGCUCAAGCUCGGUCUUUCGCCUGUGCAGGCCGAGACGGGCCUCGUGGGUGUACUGUUCGGUAAAGUCGACAGCUUGGCGGACGGUUCGGAGAUUGAGGAGGGCGGCGGCAUAGGUCUGCUUGGCAAGGGAGAUUUCGUCAUGGUCGACAGAGGGGUCUUCAUGGUGGUCGUCGGUGACGGUGCCGUCGCUGUGGCCGUCGCUGUUCAGGACAUCGGGGACAGGGGACCCGGGGGCGAGCUGGAUUUCAACAGAAGACAUGAUCUGGGAACGAUGGAGACGCAAGCCGAGGGGAGCCAGAUAGGAGUUAGAUGUGCUGCGGAGGAGAAGAUCCUGGAUCGAUGCAAGAACGAGGAAGGACGAUGGAACGAGGGGCAGAGCUGGAAAGGACUGGGCUGGUCACUGCAACGACCAGGUUGAAAUACCCUCGACACACACACAAAC